UUACAGCUACAAGUAAAAGCAAGCGCCGAGUGGUUAAUUGCAAACUGGUCGACUUAAUCUAGAAAACGAGCAGUUUAAUAUAUCUUUUGUAGAUUAGAAAGUAAAGAAUAGAAUAAGUUGGCCAACAUAGAAACAAUGAACGGAAGUGCUGGGUGUAGGAUACAAUCCUUGCAGAAAGAUUUGAAACGAAGUCCUAACUGGAGCCCAUUCGAGAUUCGCAUAUUGUGUGAGUUCGUAAAAGAAAAUAAGACCCAGCUGUUUGGUUCCACGAAAAAGACGAAAGGUGUCAACGCCAAUAAAAAGAAAAUGUGGGAGAAAGCUGCUUCAUCCAUCAAUGCAAGCUCCGGACGCAAUCGGGAUUGGAUUCAAGUUAGAAAGAAAUGGAAAGACCUCUCCUAUUACGCGAAAAAUUGCCAAAGAAAAAGCAACACAAACGAAGAGGUAGGAGAACCGCUCGAUUCUGAAGCGACAAAUAGUGGUAAUGAAAAUGGGUCACAGCGUAAUUUAGAAGCCCCAGCGCUGGAACCAGACGAGAUUACAACGUCAUCAAAUGUAACGUCAUCAUCUCAAUCAACUCUGUCUGACAUCAGCAUUAAGUCGGAGCCAGAAAACUACCAUAUUAUUUCGGAUUGCACAGACGAGAUUUUUAAUGAAAAAUGUACAGAUAUCUCUAGCGGAACUGUAAUUACUACUCAGCAAAGUGGGAAUCAAGCAAAUAAAGAAAUACACGGAAGAACUAGAGCAGAAAAUGUUCAAGCUGCACCUUAUCGCUCGUCACAAAACUUCGCUUCUACUCCAAAUACUUCUUGCCAUGAGAAAAUCUUGAUUUCUACACCGACAUGUUCGGAAACGGGAAGAUACCCUGAAAAUUAUGCGUUUGCAUCUGCGGAUCCAUUAAUUAGUAGCCCAGAAGGUGAAUUGCGAUAUUACCGAAACGAACGAUUGAAGAUAGAACGAGAGAAGCUGGCGUUGCAGAAGGGUUUGCUCGAAUCACUUCGGGAUAUUUCGUAUUCGGCUCGGAAGAUUUCGGAUCACUUGGUUCGCCGAAAACGGCGUCGGCGGUCUGGUGGAUUCCAGCCUUCCAGCAAAAGAAGAAAUACGAGACCGAGCCGUCGACGAACUCAGUCAGAAUCAACAGACACUGAGUAUUAAUUUCGUUCUCGAGAGUAUAUGCGUUCGCAUAUCGAUUGCUUUAUGUAAAAUUCAUCAUGAAUGUUUGUAAAGUUCAAUAAGAAGUCUAAAACCCUACAAUA